AUGCCGCCGCUUCGGCCCCCGCCGCCGCGGCUCCUGCUCAACAACGUCUCGUGCAUGCGGAACGCGCAGACGGUGCUCCGCGACAUCAACCUCAGCGUCCACGACGGCACGGCCCUCGUCCUGACCGGCGCCAACGGCUCCGGCAAGACCACCCUCCUCCGCAUGCUGGCGGGCUUCUCGCGCCCCUCGGCGGGGGAGAUCCUCUGGAACGGCCACGACAUCACCUCCCCGGGCGUCUUCCAGCAGUACAAGCUGCAGCUCAACUGGAUGUCGCUCAAGGACGCCGUCAAGGAGAAGCUCACGGUGCUCGAGAACGUCCAGUGGUUCGAGCUCCUCGAGGGGAAGGACGGUAGCAGGUCGGGCCCGGCCAUCGAGCUCAUGGGCCUCGGCAGGCUCAUGAACGAGAAGGCCAGGAUGCUCUCCAUGGGGCAGAGGAAGCGGCUGCAGCUCGCCAGGCUGCUCGCCAUCGACCGACCCAUCUGGCUGCUUGACGAGCCCUCCGUCGCGCUGGAUGCAGAGGGUACCAGGCUGCUCGAAUACAUCAUCGCUGAGCACCGGAAGAAGGGUGGCAUCGUGUUCGUGGCCACGCAUCUGCCGAUUCAGAUUGAGGAUUCUAUGUCGCUUCGGCUUCCGCAGAGGUUUACUCAUGCCUUGCAUGUCCACGUGAAGCUUCAAGUGUUGGAGACUCGCACACUUGACCAAAUUUGGGGAGACCUUUGGACAGGAUCAGGCCACGUCGACAAAAUUUGGAGCCCACUGGACAGAAUCAGGUGUCGAUCUAUAGCAUGCUGUUCAGUACAUUGCAUUCAUUUACAUUUUUCUGCCAAAAGCUGUAAGAAAAGGGCAGUGAAUGCAGCAGAAAUAAGUCUCCAGGGACCAUUGGAGGUGCUCUCUGACCCCAUUCUGGAGGUUGCUGGUCCACUAUUCAAGACAAGGACUUGUAGAAAAUAUUUGCUCAGGGAGCUUGAAUCCAAGGAAAGGCAGCUAUGGGUGGUGGGGAAGGAGAAGGACUUGGGAAGCAUGGCCCGUGCUGCACUGAACAAGAGGAAUGGGGAAAAAAAAAGGAAGAUCACAAGCUCUCAUAACAACACCCCACCAGAAACCAACAAGCGGCAGUACUGUAUUAUUGUUGAAACUGAAAUCCGAUUGCUAGGCGGCAUGGUGCGUGACCGAGUCUGCUCUGGCGUGCUCUGGCGUGCAGGAGGGUGUGAACCUGUGAGGAAUAUGCCAUCUGAAGCUGCCACGAUGCAAACUUUGAGGCGGUAUCUCGUGUACCUGUAG